GUUUUCAUUAUGGUGUGCAUGUGAAGUGUAACUGGCUAACUGUUGUUCAUUUGUAUUUGUUGACAAAACUGAGCACAUGAGCGCGCAUCGUCUCUGUGUAGCGUCGUCUGUGUUUUAUCGACAAACUGAAGGCUUCAUAAUAAGAGAAAUGUGCAGGGUUUUCUUUUCGUUGCAAAACCAAUGUGUGUCUGCGCAUGUCGAUACAAACGGGAGCCAGACCUUAUUCUUCAUAUCACACCAACUCACAAAAUGCAACCGAAAGAUGUUUCCGUAAUUUGUGCAGGAAUCAAAGCAUCGAGAUGGAUUCAAAUAAAUUCCCGGAAAAGUGUUACGAUCCUCGGGACCCGACGCUUCGUUUUGUCGAUGGAGAGGACGAUUUGGACUUUCUGUGUGAAGGCUUCAAGUCUCCGAGAGCUCUGAUGUCCUGUGGCCACGCUGUGACCCCGAUGUCUCUCACUAAGUGGUGUGAUACAUUACUGAAACAGGGUAAAAGCAGAUUUGUGUGUGGCCAGCCUAACUGUAAUGUGGAGUGGUCUUUUAAGGAAGUUUGUAAAAUGGCUCUUCUGACCCCGGAAGAAAAGAAGUACUUUAAAGAAAUCCUGGCUCUCAAUUAUUUCCGGGAAAAUAUUGAAACCAAACCAUGUCCUGGAUGCACAUCUUCUGUCGUGAGAGCAAAGGGAUCCAACCUGUUAGUCUGUUGCACAGUGUGCACAGCAACCAGACGGCAGCCCUAUGACUUCUGCUGGCAGUGUUUGAGGGAAUGGAAAGGUCCACGCACACGGUCAGACCGCUGCGACAAUGAUGGCUGCUGCAACCUGUCUCUAGAAACUCUGAAAACCUGCCCAGAUGUUGUCAUAUCUGGGGUCGCUGGUUGUCCCUCCAUCCGGGCCUGUCCCACCUGUGGCUCACUGUUGGAGCACACCAAAUUACACUGCAACAAUGUUGUCUGCCCUCGGUGUAGCGUGGAGUUCUGUUUUGUGUGCCUGGAGACCAGUGAUGAAUGUGAUAUGGAUUGCCUCUGUGCUGUCGCCCCUAGACAGACCUCUAUACCUGUAUGGAAGAGGAAAUAACAGGAACAACACCAGACUUUGUUCUCCACUUUGCUUUGAUGCAAGUCAGCUUUUGUUUAGACAUGUGACACGUGUUUCUGGUUUAGAUGAAAUCUGAUUCCUUCAUCCUGUGUAUACACUCACCAGCCAGUUCAUUAGGCAGGUCGUAAUAUAACAGUCCUGAACUAGAUCUUAGCAUCAUGAAGGUUAUAAUAUACAGCAUUUGUUUAAAAUAACUAAAAGAGAGUUCUUGAUUCUACUGUGUUUUUCUCUUUUGAGGCUGUGGUUUGUGGCACUAUUAAAACGGUUUCUAUUAUUUUGACAAUUAAUCAGGGGACGUGGCUAAAUAAACAGAAACUCUUUAGUGCUUAAUUUGAUCUAAUUUAACGGCACCACAAACUACAUGGUCCACUAUGGUCAUCCAGUAGUAACAGUGGCCUCAGCCCAGAGCGGGGGAUCACGUACUUUCUUCCAUCUUAUUCUGAUCAAAGAGCACUAAAGUGCACCUCAACCCCUUAGAUUUUAAGUGUAGUUCAGUACAAACCAGGCGCUUGUAAUAAAUGCAGUGAUCACAUGAUUUCCUAUAACUGCUGCGAGAGACUGAAAGUAAUAACAGAUAAAUAAAAAAUCUUCGGGGCUUUCCGUGAAGGCGGUACAAACGAUAACCUCACAUCACACGACAGUUAAGACGGAGAGUCACGACUAGAAGGGAUACAUGCCUCGAUUUGUCGAAACAAAAUUCAAAAUAAUAAGGACAAGAACAGAGACGCUUCUCCGAAAUUAAACUCUUUGAACUGUAUGUUUUCAAAUGUUGUUACACUGUGUAAGAUCUUCAUAAUUCAUGUCUGUUCUUUAUGAUUUCUGCCAGUAAAGAGUUGAAUAAUGUAA